AUGGAUGCCGCAUUUUGUUUUGUUUGUUAUUUGUUCAAGAGGGAUGUUGAAAUUAACAAGGGGGGUGAUGCAUUUGUUGUCGGAGGAUUUAGAGCGUGGAGUAAACCUGAUAGGCUUGAGAAGCAUGUUGGAGGAAUUAAAAGUGCUCAUAAUAUUGCUUAUGAGAAAUAUGUGAAUCUAAGAGAUGCAAAGAAGACAUCAAUUGAAUUUGUAUUUGAUAAUGCGAGUGAGGUUCAAAUGAAUGAAUAUCAUAUUCGUUUAAAUGCAUCCUUAACUUGUUUGAGAUUUCUUUUGGGCCAAGGUUUGGCAUUCCGGGGACAUGAUGAAAGUGAGGAGUCAUAUAGUAGAGGUAACUUUCUUGAGCUUUUGAAGUGGUUGGGGGGGAAGGUUGAGGAAAUAGGAAAAUAUACUUUCCAAAAUGCACCCAAAAAUUGUCAAUUAACAUCUCCCAAAAUUCAAAAAGACAUUAUCACUUGUUGUGCAAAAGAGACUACUAAGCGCAUAAUAGAAGAGGUUGGUGAUGGUUACUUUUCUAUUUUGGCCGAUGAAUCAAGUGAUGUGUCUCAAAAAGAACAACUAGCUCUUGUUUUGCGGUUUGUUAAUAGAGAAAAUGGAUCGGUAGUGGAACACUUUUUAGGCAUUCUACAUGUGGGUGAUACUACCGCUUUGUCUCUUAAAAAUACCAUUAUGUCCUUGCUUAUGGAACAUUCAUUGAGUCCUUCCAUGAUAAGAGGUCAAGGGUAUGAUGGGGCAAGUAACAUGAGGGGUGAAAUCAAUGGCCUCAAGACUUUGAUUAUGAAUGAUACUCCAAGAGCCUAUUACAUUCAUUGUUUUGCUCAUCAACUUCAACUAACUCUAGUUGCGGUUGCUAAAAAGAAUGUUAAUUGUACUUGGCUUUUUGACGUACUUGCAAACUUGUUAAAUGUGGUGGGAGCUUCUUGUAAGAGAAGAGACCUUAUUCGAAAAAACCAAGCUCAAGUAGUGGCUCAAGCUUUGGAAGUGGGGGAAAUUGAAAGUGGAUCGGGUUUGAAUCAAGAACGUGGUUUGAGUAGGCCGGGAGAUACACGUUGGGGAUCUCAUUACAAGUGUCUAAUAAGUAUCAUCAACUUGUUUCCUUCAAUUGUUAAAGUCCUUGAGGAGAUUGGAGAAAAUGGCUCUCCGGAUGAUAAGCUCAAAGCUCAAAUGAGGGAUCAAGGAUGGGAUAGUCUCUUAGACAAAGUCAUUUUAUUUUGUACUAAACACGAGAUUGAUGUUCCAUCUAUGGAUGCUCAAUAUGUACCUCAAGGAAGAUCAAGACGUUUUGCUAAACAAGCAACAAAUCUACAUCAUUUUCGGGUUGCAAUCUUUUUGGAAGUAAUUGAUUUGCAUCUUCAAGAGAUUGAUAGCCGUUUUAAUGAGAAGAACAUGGAGUUACUUACAUGCAUGGCUUCCCUGAGUCCUAGAGGUAACUUUUCAUCUUUUGAUAAAGAGAGGAUACUUAAACUUGCUUCUUUAUAUCCCGAAGAAUGUUUUGAUUUAACGGCUCUUGAUCUUCAACUUGAUGUCUUCUUGGAUUCUAUGCAAAAUGAUGAAAGAUUUCAUGAUUUGCAAGAUAUCAAUUCUCUUUCAAUGAUGCUUGUUAAAACAAGGAGACAUGAGACUUUUCCUCUUAUACAUUUGCUAAUCAAGUUGAUGUUGAUUCUUCCUGUUGCUACGGCAAGUGUAGAAAGAGUGUUUUCCGCAAUGACGUUCGUCAAAAAUAAGUCGAGAAAUAGCAUGGGUGAUCAACUAGUGAAUGAUUGUUUGGUUACUUACAUUGAGAAGGAAGUUUCCAGAAACAAAGGCUUGGCUCUGGCAGAAAAUGAUCAUGAAGAAUCUGAAACUCAUGAAGAGGAGGCUGCCUUGUUGGUUCGUAAAUUCAAGAAGCUUUUCAGAAACAGCAGAUUUGCCAAUCAAAAGAACAACAAAGAAAGAGGAUCUGCAAAUUCAAUGACCAACUACGAAUGCCAUAAAUGUGCAUGGGGUGAUACCAAGAGUGAAGCUGAGACAGAAGUCACUGUGGAGGAAGAGACUGAAAAUCUAUGUCUCAUGGCCACUCAUCACAACAAGGUCAAAGAGUCUAAGGAAAAUGAGGUUUAUUGA